AUGGGUCGCAGGAAGAUUGAAAUCAAGGCGAUAAAGGAUGACAGAAACCGCUCUGUCACCUUCCUGAAGCGCAAGGGUGGUCUUUUCAAGAAGGCGCACGAGCUUUCCGUCCUCUGCUCAGUAGACGUCGCUGUCUUUAUCUUUGGUACAAACAAGAAACUAUACGAAUACUCAUCAGGUGACAUGCGGGAGCUUAUUACAAGAUACACAUACCACGGCGGCGCUACCGAACAUAAGGGCCCUUCUGACUUCAACGGCGGCGAUGACGACGACGAAGAAGAGGGCGAUGGUACGCCUCCUCUCGAGCAACCUAUGGAUGCACACAUGAUGCCUCCCCAUUUCCAAGGCCAAGCACCUUUCCCGCCGCACGUCAUGAGACAUUACACACCUUCCGCUUCGCCCCCGAUACCAAAUGGAGUUCCAUUCGCUCCACACGGGCACGCCGUGCCUCGUGGCCACACACCGCAACCCCAGAUGCUUUCUAGGCCUGGCUCUAGGAACGAUGUGCGACGAAUGGGCCAGCCGAUGGGUCCCCAAGGAAGCCCACCAGUGAACGGUUUCGGCUUUGGUCAACAGCAAAGCAUGUAUGCACCUCCGAACACGACGAUGCCACCUCAUAUGCCGCCGCAAAUGGCCCCCGGACCGCCGUUUCCCUACCCACAGCACCCGCAACACCCGCCGCAUCCACAGCAACAACAUCAGCCCCCGAUGCAGCCGCAGUUCAUAGAAGACGGGAGGCGCGCCACCAUGCCACCCAACUUUGCUCCUCACCCGCCGCCACCACACGGACCAAUGGGGAUGCAAAGGCAUUCCGUUUCUCCACCGCAGCAGCAUCCUCAUCAUGUUCCUCAGCUUCCUCCUCAGCAACCGCAGCAACACCCUCACUCAUCUCCGCCACAACCUCAACACCAUCAGAUGCAGAGCCCGCCCGAGCCUAUGGUCAAGUUCGAGUCGCCGCAGCAAAUUGAGCAACCGCAUCAACAGCAACCAGAGCCGCAAGAACCUCGUCCGGAGCAGCAGCAACAGUCGCAGCAGUCGCAGGAGUCCCAGCCGGAGCCUGCACGCUCACUCCCUCCGCCGCCACCACCGUUGGAAGUCAAGACUGAGCUUGCACCGCCAGCCCAGCCUGGGCGGAUCCCACAGCCUUCGUUACUUGAUACUGCAGUGAAGAAGCUCCCGCGGCAGAAGCAGCAUAGCAUCUUCACUCCCAUCGACGAAAACAGGUCCAUCCUCAGUCAACAUCUGGCAGCUUUCCACGCCGAGCCGAGCAAGACGAAAUCCAGCCCUCCUGUUCACCCUCACCGUUCAUCGUCUGUGGAUGAAAGCACAAGCAACUCAAGCGAGUCGCGCGGUAAAGACAAAGAAAUUGCUUCAUCGCCCCCAUUGUUGAAGCGGGCCGACCCUCGUGCCUCCAUAUCAUCCACAUCAUCAAACCCUGAGAGUGCGGCCGCCCCACCCUCGCGGUCCAACAGUCUGCGGGCUGGUCCCCCACGACCUCGCCUCAAGGUGCAGAUUCCCGACGAACAGUCAGAGGAUGGCAGCGGGAGUGCUACCGCUGAGUCUGCCUCAUCGGCCCAAGGCGGUGCUUCAACAGAUGCCACUUCGCAGUCGACGCGUCAAAAUGAUUCACACUCAUCCACCAACAUGGUUCUGCCGCCGCCAUCGCCAUCAGCCUCGGCUCUACUUUCGGCUGGCGCAACGGGCCCGCCCAACCCAUUCGCACCCAAGCGCCCACCCCAACACCCGGCUCCUGGUUUGAACAUCGAUACGCCAGUAUCUGCGUUGCCAUCCCGAUUCCUCAACAAUGAGUUUUUGCCAAGCCCUUCCAGCUUCUACCCCGACUGGAACUUCCGCGGCGGGGACAACAACACGCUGCCCAGUCCGCUCAACUUUGCUACUCCUGUUGUCGGUACAGGGCCCAGUUUCCUGAGGGAUGAAAACGCAACCGCUGGUCUCAAACGGAAGAGCCCCGACAACCUGAGCAUACACGGGCCAAUAUCAGACAAUCCUCUUGAGGCUGGAAAUGAGCCAAAACGGGUCAAGGUAGACUCUUGA